UUUACGUGUCGGCCAUUUUGUCACCCUCGGGGACGGUGGUAGGAAUGGCGAGCUUCAGACCAGCCUCAGAUAAUGAUGCUUGGGCGCUUUUAGCCCUAAAAUCUGCUCCUGCGAGCCCUACGAGGCUAAAUUGGGCAGAUGAUGAAGAGAAGGGACCUAUCCUUGCUAAACUUGAGGGUCGAGAAUUUGAGUUUGUGAUGAGAAAAACUCGUGUUUCGAUCGGACGCAACAGCAGACAAGGCGAGGUGGAUGUAAACAUGGGACAUUCGAGUUUCAUAUCUCGUAAACAUGUGGAGAUAGUUUACGAACCUCCUAAUUUCUUUAUGAACUGUAAUGGCAAAAAUGGCAUAUUUGUUGACGGUUCUUUUCAAAGAAGGGGUGCACCACCAUUGCAAUUACCUAAAACAUGUCUGUUGCGUUUUCCUAGUACAAAUAUUAAAGUAAUGUUUAAAGCAUACGUUGAUGAGAAUUCAGCAACACUACCACUACCAAAAAAUAAGAGUCCAACCAAGAAACGAAUACCACCUCUGAAAAUUGACAUACCACCUCCGGAUGUCCAGUUUGGAAGUCCUCUGCCAUCACCCACAGGAACGAUAAGUGCUGUGAACUCUUGUCCCACAAGUCCACGUUCAGGCAUGAACCAUAAACAAAGCCUCACGCCCGACCUGCGAGCAGUAGCGCUUGCAGCUGCGGCGGCCACUGAGGACAAAUCUGAGAGUCCUGUAUCUGGUGCAGACAUGGGAAGUCCGCGAGAGGACACAAAACCUCCGUACUCAUAUGCACAAUUGAUUGUCCAGGCCAUCACGUCAAUGCAAGACAAACAGCUGACGCUCAGCGGUAUCUACGCAUAUAUUACCAAAACUUACCCGUAUUAUAGAACAGCAGAUAAGGGAUGGCAGAAUUCCAUCCGACAUAACUUGUCUUUAAAUCGGUACUUCUUAAAAGUACCGCGGUCACAAGAGGAACCAGGGAAGGGAUCAUUCUGGCGUUUAGAUCCAGCUUCGGAGGCAAAGCUGACGGAACAGGCAUGGCGGCGGCGUAGGCAACGUGGAGUUCCCUGCUUUAGGACGCCUUUUGGUGGUGUCUCAUCUAGGUCAGCACCUGUGUCUCCUACACAUCACACCAAUUUCCCAGGCACGUUCACGCCAGAUAGCUUGUCGAGAGAAGGCUCUCCUGUGUUGCUGCCUGUAGCAACCCGGGAAGAGACUGUGGAGAACAUUGCUCCUCUAGAUCAUCACAGAAUCACGGCUUCAGUACAGGAGGUAAGGGGUUCAGAUCUUUUUGAUGGUCAUGUCACUCGUUUUAAAAUUAUAUCAACAGCUGUUGCACAACCUGUGUUACAGCCGCAACAGCAAUACACAACAUCAAUGAUUGCAACAAGCGUGGUCAGUCAUCCGCUAACUAUGGCAACGCAUGUGAUGCCUCAGGUUGCGCCAAUGAUCUCCCGGACAACAUUUAUUGCGCCGAGUUCCGCAACUAACGGUUAUCCUAGUCAUGUGAUUAUGGCUACUUCAGAGGCAGCGAAUGGAGGCAUGCAACAGAUUGAAAUAGAGAAAGAAUCAUCUUCAAAAGAGGAAGCAGUUUCUAAGUCGGUAAUAAUCCAGCAGACAGCAGGCUUACCAACAGUUAAACAGGACACCCAGCAGCACAUAGCUCAAGUUGUACAAGCUGUACCAACGCUGCUAAAUAACCAGCCCCCACCCACACACACCCAGUCGCUAGGCCAACCACAUUUGGUCCUGGCCAGCAACUACCAGCAGCAGCCGAUCAUUACACAGCCAUACGCAGCUCAGACAAGCUCCUCCUUAGUUAUGUUAGCUCAAUCAGCCACUGACCCGGUAGCAUACCAGACAUCAAAACGCCCUUUGAAUGGUAACCAGGAAUCAAACGAGGAAGCAAAAAAGCCCAGGGUUGAGAACCAAGAGUGAACACUUCCUUUGCUAAAGUGAAGAGAGAGAGAGAGAUACAUGGCCAGAUUGUUAAUGAUGAGAGACAGAGAAGGGCAGCCUAGAGGUAGCGUGUUGUAGUGUAGUUCCGUGUUUAUCUCUGCUUUGGGUCCGCUAUCCUGCAGAGGAAGAUGAUAAGCUUGUACUUGGCCAGCUGGUUCAAAUAUUAAUCACUUCUGUCAAUUUGGCUGAAAUAAAAAUCAACAUCAUCAUAAAUAAUGAUAUACAGUAGUGCUUCUGAAUGAUUUUCCCCUCCUUUAUGUUUUACUCCCGAUUAGAAUCAUGGAUAGUUCCAUAUAUGGAGUGUUUUUCCAGCGUUUUGUAACAAACAUUAGUUCUAGUCAAUGGGAAUUGUGUGAUCCGUAAAACUAUUCUAAGAUCAUGUUUAUCCUGCUUUUAUUUCUUCAUUUGCACAGGAAAUUUAAAAGGAGAAAUUUUGUUCAAUUUUUUCAAAUGCUGUACAAAAGCUGGAAUUGACAACAGAGAACUGUUUACAAGGUUAAAUAAUUAUUCUAAGUUACAUGUUUUUUUAAACCAAAACUUACAAGGUUCAAACGUUUCUAAAUUCUUAUAAUUAAAACACCUAUAAAUAGCGCCCUCUAUCAUAGCAGCUGCUGCAUGUUGAUUAUACCGAUAUAUCUACUAUAAAUAGUGCCCUCUAUCAUGAUUCCCUUAGCAUUUUUAUAGUAGAUACUGCAUGUUAACCAAAUCUUGAUGAAAUUGAAAUUGUGGAAAUAAUUAAAAACAAUUAAAAAAAAAAAAGGUUUACUGCCAAAAUUUGUAACAGACAUCUACACAAGAAGGCUAUCCAAAAUCCAUUCUUAGUAACUUGUUAUUAUUUAAAGUAAUCAAAUUAUUUUAGAAUGCGUCCAUGUUACUUUGAGAAUACCUUGGAUGUAAUACAACAUCAAGAACGACUGUACUCCAGGCUACGUACAUUCCAUAUGUUAAUAUAAAUUACUUUGACAAUUUCUGCUAUUUUCGCUAAAAAGGAAUUUGUGAACUUGCCAGACAAUUUUUAUAUGGAGAGAAAUAUUGCAAUGCCAAUUGAAAAUUGGAAAGUUAAAGAAAACGCUAAUAAAAUAUAAUGGUUGUUAUUCAUUCAUAUACCAUGGCGAUAGAGAACAAAAAAUAAAUAUUUGAUAAGAUAUUAAAAUGUGUAAGUGGUGAUAAUGAAUUAUUCAUGAAAAAUAAUGUUAAGCUUUAUCCACAGUAUUACAUUUUUUGAGACAAAUAUUUGUCUUCUAUAUGAUGAUGUGAUGUGAUGAUAUAUACAUGAUGAUGUUAUUUUACCUAUAUAGGAAAAUCGCAGAUAUUUGUCGCAUAAAGCUUAAUAGUGUUGAAGAGAACUUUGGAGAGGUUUUGUCACAUGAUCUAAGCUACAGCAAAGUGUGCAUGUCUUGUACUUGGUUUAUCCCAGUGGAUAUUAUAAUAUGCUACUCAAAAACAAUGUGUUUGGAUAAGAAUAAAUUCUUGUAUAUGUUGAGACUGACAUCUAUAAAUACUGUAGUACACAUUUGGAGCGGUAUUGCCUACGUAGCCUAGUCGAUUAAAACAUACUUGGAUGCACCACUAUGUACAGAACAUUGUGCCAGAUAAAAGAUUAUUAACCAGCCCAUCACCCCUCCCUACCCUCAAGAUGAGAUUGUUGUGGGUACAGAACAAUCCUUAUCAGAACCCAAAAAUUAUUUGAAUGUUAAUUGUUUGUUAUAAAAAAAAUUAUUUAAGAUGUUCAAUUUUGAUGCUUUAAUAAUUAGUGGUGUUUAAGUUAAACAUUUUGUGUAGCUAUUACAUGCUUGCUUUCUUUUAAUGAGAUUUAUUACACUGGGGAGAAUUGGAAGGCAAUGAGGACAAUACCUUGCUGUUAUCUAAACAGUUACAUUAAAUGAAAAUAUGUAUAUAUUUAUCAGAUAAAACUGGUUUUGAUAAUAAUAGAAAAUACAGCCACUAUGUGGCUGUACUUGAAAACUAACAUUUUUUAGUCAAAUGAUUAAAAUAUUAAUUAUAGUCUCAAAUAAUAUUGGUUUUGUAAAUUAUACUUUCCAAUCUGUGUUAUAUAUAAAAUUUCUAUUUUACUUCUAGGGUGUUGUUUUCCUGAGGUGUUAAAGGGGUGGGUAAACCUAGAUAAGAUGGUAUUCCAUAGGUACAUGAACCAACAAAAAGAAAAAAAAAAGAAGAAAUAGUGGAGGUAAAUAUCUAUAGAAGGGCUCCCUCUAUUAUUAAUGGUUUUGAGCCUGCGUGUACGGUGUCUGUAUAUUAUGAGUAUGAUUUUUUUGUUUCACCAAUUUCCUCUCACAAAAGGGGUAAUUUGUUUGUGGGACUGCAAUACCAAAUUUGAAAUAUUUAAAUUUCACAUGAUCUCUACGCAUUUUUCCUAUGUUGUCAAAAGCUUUCCAAAACCUGAAACUAAUUUUAAUUCCCCUCAAACAACAAUUGAUUCACGUGUACACAAGAUAAUAAAGAUACACAUUGAAAGUGUAUUUUAGAAUUGUGUGUAUUAGAAAAUGAUACAGUUGCGAUGGGAUAAUCAGAAAUUAUUGAGGGAUUGUUCCAUCUUUUAACAAUUCAAAGACGUUUACUAAAUAGAUGGGAACUAUAUAAUUUAGGGGAGUGUUUAUAAGAAUUCUUUGAAAUGGAUGGACUGUUUUUAUUUUAAUAAUUUUAGAUAUUCAAGUCGUGGACGAAUAAGCAUUGAAUUAGACUGAUAUACCGUUAAUGAUGAAAUCUACAUUUAAUGAAAUAUUUUGAUUUUCAUUAGUUACUUUUGAAGCCAGGAAAAUAUUGUAUCGAAAAUGUAAGUUCAUAGAUGUAGAAAUACACUAUCUUGAGGCUUAGUGAUUUUAAGUUUUUAUUUAUAUUUUUUUCAUUUUCUUUUGGUAUUUUCUUACUCUGGCUAAGUUAAUAAAGUGUUUUGUUAUCUACAACUUUAAAAUUUAAUGUUGUAUUAAAAAAAAUGAUGAAAAUGAAACCAAAACCUGCAGCAAUUAAUCAUAUUAAAUGGAAUUAUAACCUUGCAAUGGCAUGUUUAUAUUGA